AUGUCCUCUCGGAAUGACAGUUUUGACAACGAAGAAGAUGAGAGAGAGCUCAUUUCCAGCUCUGCACAAAAGGAGCCACACCUUCUUCAUGAGACCACUACCACUCGAGACCAUGAAUCAGUUCAAUCCUCCAAUCAUCAUCACGACUACGACGAAGAGCAAUCAUCACCGCCACCGCCACCACGACCUUCAUCAACAACAACACCUCAAGAAGAAGAAGAACAGAAACCACCUCCAACUCCUCUUCCUAAAUUAUCCAUUCUCAUGAUCUCCCUAUUAAUUAUUGCUGAAGCGGUUGGUUUCAGUAUUUUAUAUCCGGUCGUUCCGUUUAUGGUGAGAGACUUUUUAUUGUUGGAAGCACAGCAACAACAACAAAUACAUACAAAUUCUACUUCAAUAGGUCUUUAUAGUAGUAUUAGUAGUAUUCGUUUGGGAAAUAUUCGUUAUCAUUCCUCUUCCUCAUUCCAUCAUUAUCCUCAUUACUUAUUCCUUCCAAAGAGUUCAUUGUUUUUCAUUUCCGAGAACAGUAUCAAUUUUGCAAGUUUGAAAAGCCUUUUGAAUGAGUCCUCGUCGUCGUCGUCUUCUCAUCAUCUCUCAAACAAUUUUGUCGGCAACAUUCCAACCUUCAUCCCUUAUUAUGAAAUUUUGAAUCAUAACAUUACUAUGAAUAAUUAUACGAAUCAAACCAAUCAUGAAAUUAGUAUUUCUGAGGAACGAGUGGGUUUAUUGGUUGGAAUUUUAGCAUCAGCCUUUUCAUUGGCACAACUUAUUUCUAAUUGGUUCAUCUCUAGAGCGAGUGAUCAUGUUGGACGAAAACCAUUAUUAAUGUUUGGUUUAAUUACAAAUAUUGUGUUUCUUUCAUUAUUUUCAAUUUCUAGGAAUUUUUGGUAUGCUCUUGUGGUGAGAAUUGUUCAUGGAUUGUUAAAUGCAAACAUUCCCAUUUACAAAUCAUUUCUUGUGGAUAUCACAGAUGACAGCAAUCAACAGAAAGCAUUUGUAAUUGUUUCCAUUUUGUGGGCUAUUUCCAAUGUCGUGAGUCCUGGAAUUGGAGGUUGGUUAUCGAGACCAAGUGACAAAUGGUCUUCUUUGUUGGGAGGUGAAGCCAGUUGGUUUCACAAAUUUUUUACUCAUUAUCCAUAUGUUUUGGCGUUAAUGGUACCCAUUCUUAUGAACAUUAUAACUCUAGUUUUGAAUGUGGUAUUCAUGAAAGAGACUCUGGUUAAGAAGUCAAAAUUUGCACAAAAAUUGGAUGAUUUCUAUAAUGCUGUGCUUGUGAAACUUCGAAUUAGAAAAUCUCAAAAGAAAUAUCAAACUGAAGACGAAGAAAACAUGUCAAACUCAGUUGAUGGUGACACCAGCAUGGAUAUGGAUGAAAUUGACAACUCAAGGGACAAUAUUUUGAAUGUAGGAGCAUCUGAUCCAACUCUUGAGUCUUCGACAGACAAUCUCUCAAAAGAAGACUCGCUCAAGAAACAAUCUGUUGAAACAGUUGAAGAAGUUUCUGGCGAUGAGAAUAGCAUGCUUCUUCUGUUGAAAGAUAAGACUGUUGUUAAGGUGGUCUUUUUGUACAUGUUUCUUGCUAUUGCAACAAGUAUGAUGGAUGAAAUGAUGCCUGUCUAUAUGAGCAAUUCAGUACAGAAAAGAGGUCUUGCAUUUGACUCAUCUGACAUUGGAAUUAUUCUAUCAAUUGGUGGUUUCACAUCUCUAAUUAUGCUCGUUAUUUAUCCCAAGAUGGCAAACAUAGUUGGAUUUUUGUGGAUGUUUAGAAUUGGUUUGGCUAUUUAUGCAGUGAUUGCAACAGGUCUAACAUUUAGUUCAGAGUUGGUUCGAUUCGAGUUUUCUGGAUGGUUUGUUUGGAUAUUUGUGACUGUCUGUGUGUUUAUUAAGGCAUGUGCUCAAGAGGUGGCAUAUACUGCCCAAUUCAUGUUGGUAAACAAUGCUGCACCAUCACCACGACACAUUGGUAGUAUCAAUGGUCUCGCUCACAUUGUGGCUUCUCUUGGUUGGAGUAGUGGACCAAUGUUUGCAGGGCUCCUGUUCAAGUGGGGAUUGGAUUGGGCUGAUCAAAUCUACGCAGCAAACCCUACCAGCUUUUUUGGACAGGUUCCUCUUGUUGACAAGCUCAGCUUCUUUGUUUGUGGCUUGGUUUGUUUGAUUAACUUUGCACUUUCGCUUACUGUCCCCAAGUGGAUUGUGUUGGGACGGAGAUAUGAAAAGGGAUCAAAAUAA